GGCCGGCCGCCGGCGGGGCAGAGCGGGCGGCGGAGGCGGCGGCGGGAUGCCGGGGCUGUGGGAGCGGCUGGCGGGCGGAGAGCGGGGCCGCCUGGAGACCUCCGACUGCGAGUCGCUGGGCAGCGCCUCCGGCUCGGAGGGAGAUGCCGAGUACGCCGAGGGGGCCUCCCUGCCAGACCUGGACCUGCUGCACGACCCCGAGGACGAGCUGCUGUGCGCCAACCUGAUGGACCUGGUCCAGGCCACGCUGGGCAGAGCCCCGCUGGGUGCCAAGCGCUGCUCCCGGCUCCUCAUGCCGGCCCAGCUCCUGGCGCAGGUGAGGACGGAGCUGCUGCGCCUGGCCUGCAGCGAGCCCUGCGGGCUGCGCGGGGCCCUCCUCGACCUCUGCGUGGAGCACGGCAAGGCCUGCCACGACGUGGGGCACAUCGCCGUGGACCCAGCCGUGGUACCCACCUUCCAGCUCACCCUGGUGCUCCGGCUGGACUCCCGCCUCUGGCCCAAGAUCCAGGGACUCUUCACCUCGGGGCCGGCUUUCACACCGCUGAAGCUGAGCACGGGCUUCAGGGUCAUCAAGAAGAAGCUGUACAGCUCCGAGCAGCUGCUCAUAGAGGAGUGCUGAUGGGCCGUGCUGGAGAAGCGACUUACCCAAGUGCUUUGGAAGAGCCGGUUAGAGCGUGGCGGCUCCCGGCAGCCGCUGUAGUUUAGGUUAGGCUGGAGUAGGGCUGUAGGUGGAAGUAGUUUGGGCAGGUGGAGGUCCCCGCGGGGUGCCUGCCUGUGCCGGGGCAUCCCUGACGCGGAGCAGACUGGGACCCAGGCGGAGGUUGCUUCACACUGUCGAUGAUUGUGGGAUGAUUGCGGUGACUGCGCUCCCGGAUGCAGCAGCGGGGCUGCUGGGGGGGCAGAUGGUCUCCUCCUGUUGGCUGAUUAAUCAUGGCUUUUUUUGUAACAAGGAUUGUAAUCAAUGGGGUUUCUGGGGGAGGGCGUGUGUGUGGGAGUGAGGGAUGGCUGGGCUGUAGGUCUGGAUCAAAGAUAAAACCCCACUGCUGGCACUUGGGCGGCUCUGCGCAGGCUCCCAGUAAGGCAGGAGAUGGGGUCCGGAAUCGCGUUGUGUCUUUGAUCACGAGCGGGGCGUGUGAGGUGACACAGGGAUGGAGGGCAGGACCCCUCGCUGUGACAUGCUGUGGGUGCUUCAUUGGUUACAGUUUACACUCGUACACUUGAUGUUCAAGUGCAAGAACUUCCUAUGCAAUCGUGUCGGGGUGGUUUUUUUUUACUUUUCUAAUAAAACUUGUCUUAAUUGAUAA